GAUGCUGGAAUUUGAGAAAUAAAAGUAAAAUAAAAUGUUAAUAAGUUUCUACAACAAUGUUUCUCUGUUUUGAAACGAGAGGCUGCUAGAAAAAUGCAUCGUGUGUUAGUGCUGCCAAACUUGAUCUGUUUACACACUUUGACGGUUGUCGGUUGCCAUAGAUUCACAUGUGUCCAUCACAGCAAAUAAAAACAAUUUGUUAUUUCAUGUUGAUUGUACAAUUUUAAAUAAAGCAGCUAAAAAUUUCACAAUGCCACCCAUAUCGCAAGAAGGAAAUUGUCUAACCUACCGUGGUAGUAACUUUCUUAAACAGCGCCUUAUACUCUCUUGCCUCAGCGGCAAACCUGUGAAGAUAACACAAAUUCGCAUAGAUGAUGAAACAGCUCCUGGCUUGCGCGAAUAUGAAAUUGGAUUAAUAAGAUUAUUGGAUAAAUUAACCAAUGGUACAAAAAUUGAGCUCAAUCCUUCCGGAACGUCGGUUCUCUUCACACCUGGUUUACUUCACGGUGGUUUGAUUCUACAUGAUUGUUGUAUUCAACGUGGUAUAGCAUAUUACUUGGAUGCAUUAAUUGCGUUGGGUCCAUUUUGUAAAAAUCCAAUCAUCGCAACACUAAAAGGCGUGACAAGUAGUAAAGACUCACCUUCAGUAGACCAUAUAAAAGGCUCUGCGCUUCCAGUUCUAAAACGUUUUUUAGUUGUGGAUGAAGGUUUGGAACUGAAAGUGGUACGUCGAGGUGUAGCACCUCUUGGGGGUGGUGAGAUCCACUUCCGUUGUCCUGUUCGUAAGAAUUUGCGUUCAAUACAAUUUCAAUCCCAAGGAAUGGUAAAACGUAUAAGGGGUACCGUAUACGCAUGCAAAGUAUCACCAGCAAUGGCGAACCGUACGGUAGAGGCAGCAAAAGGAGUAAUGCUUAAGUUUUUGCCCGAUGUGUAUAUCUAUACUGAUCAGAAUCGUGGUAAAAUGUCUGGCAACUCACCAGGAUUUGGAAUUUGUUUGGUAGCAGAAACAACAGAUGGUGUGUGCUAUGGCGCUGAGAGUAUAUCAAACAGCAAAGAAGAAGGGUUAGAUCCUUCUAUUCCUGAAGAUUUGGGUCGCGAGGCUGCAAUGAAGUUGCUUGACGAAAUUUAUCGAGGAGGUUGCUGUGACUCCUCCUACCAAUGGCUUGUCACUCUAUUCAUGGCUUUGAGUCAGAAAAAUGUCUCUAAGUUUUUGACGGGGCCCAUUUCCACCUACACGAUACAUUUCCUACAAAACUUGCGUGACUUCUUUUCGAUUACGUUUAAGUUAGAAAAUCCUGAAAACGAUGAUGAGGAAGAUUCACUGCCGGGAGCUCAAAAAGUAUUAAUGACAUGUGUAGGCAUAGGUUACACAAAUAUAGGUAAACGUGUCAACUAAUUGUUCUAGUACAGCUUAAACAAAAAAUGGAUGUACAUAGAUAUAUAAAUGUAUAUAAACAAGGAAAUAAAAAACAUGAAUUAAUUU